AUGCACGGCUUCACCACCACCCGCGGGCAGCGCGCGUACGGCUCCGAUAGGGGAUCCGGCGACCAACAGCACGCCACCUUUCGACGCCUGCGCAGGCGUUACAACGUCGUGUACACCCUCGGCACGUUCGGCGAUUGGAUCCAGGGCGCCUACCUCUACGCCCUGUACAGCGAGCACGGGUACGACAUGGCGAGCAUCGGGUACAUAUUCGUGCUGGGUUACUUCGCGUCCGCGUCCGUAGGUACGUACGUCAGCUCGCUCGGGGACCGAUACGGCUACAGGAGGUUCGUCAUCCUCUACGGCACCGCCUACGGGAUCGCCUGCCUCCUCAUGCGAUCGUCCAACCUCGUCAUCCUCCUCGCCAGCCGCGUCGCGUCCGGAGUCGCGUACUCGCUGCUGUUCAGCUCGUUCGAGUCGUGGGCCAUCACGGAGGCGGACAGGCUGCGGCUGGACCGCCGGUACCUCGUCGGACUCUUCUCCACCGCGACGUUCUUCAACGCCUGCAGCGCCGUCGCCGCCGGGGUCCCGAGCACGCUGCUGUUCCCGAGGAACAAGUACACGCCGGCGUUCGACGUGGGCGCCGGGGUGCUCUUCCUUUGCGCGCUGGGCGCGUAUAAGCUGUGGUGGGAGGAACGUCCAACCGGGGGUGGCGGCAGGAACGCUCCCGAGCGGGGCAUACUUCGCGCGGCGGCGAUGGUCCUCGCCAAGCCCGAGCUCCUGAGCCUCGGCGUGACCAACUCGCUGUACGAGGCCGCGCUGCACGUGUUCGUGUUCGUGUGGACCCCCGCGCUGGAGCGGCGCGGUCCGAGGAUGCUCGCCGGCGCGGUGCCCCACGGCUUGGUGUUCUCGCUGUUCAUGGCGUGCAAGAUGGCGGGGUCGCAGCUGUACAUGAUCAUAGGCGACAGGGUCCCCGCCGCGACGAUCCUGCGCGCGGUUUUCCUGGGGUCCACGCUGGUCUUCGCGGCGCCGCUGCUGGUCGAGUCUUACUCGUUCACGCUGCUCUGUUUUUGCGCGUUUGAGUUUGGUCUCGGGCUGUACUGGCCGGCCAUGGCGGUCACGCGCGCGGAGCUCGUGCCGAACUACCUGCGGGCGACGAUGACGUCGGUGUUUAGGGUGCCGCUGAACGUGUUGGUGAUGGGGUGCCUCGCCUUCGCGGGCAACGCGAGCGAGCCGAGUUUCCUGACGAUGUGCGUCGCGAUGAUGGGCUCGUGCCUUUUUUUCACCAGCCGCGGACGCGCGGGGAAGGGUGAUGGGAGCCUUCCGCCGGGGUCGCCCAGGGGUAUCGCGCCGUGA